GUAUAUUCAGGGAAUAAACUGCUCUCCUAUGGACAAAAGCUGACAGUUCACACUUCAUGGCAUACUGGCAGAGGGGACACAUCAGGCACCCCAACAAAUGAACCUGAUGUUAUCCUUGAGGGAGCUGGAUUCCGGAUGGGAUAUGGUAGAUCCAACUACAGGGGGAGUAAGAACGCGACAAUUAAACUGGUUUUUCUAGAACAUGAUUGGUACUUCUUCCCAGAUGGUGGUCCAGUAUCUAAACAUGAAUUCAUGAGAUGCCUAGGGGACCUAGAACACCUUCUAAUCAGGGCUAAAUAUCACUCAGAUCAGUUAGAAGGUACCUUGCACACUGCAGCAAUGCAGUUUGGAGCACAAGCUUCCUUAAGCCUAACAAGAACUAAAGCUGUAGAACGUUGCAGUUGCCCCCAGGGAUAUGAAGGGUUAUCAUGUCAAGAAUGUAGCUACGGGUAUACUAGGGUUAACAAUACUAUUUAUAAAGGCGAGUGCAGGAAGUGCAACUGUUACGGUCAUUCUUCAACCUGUGAUCCAUUCACGCUAGAAUGCGCAACUUGUGAACAUAAUACUGUGGGUGACAAAUGUCAAGACUGUGCUAAAGGUUUUUACGGAAACGCUAAGCUAGGCCGGCCUAACGACUGUAAGCCCUGUAAAUGUCCUCUUGAAAUACCAUCUAACAAUUUCAGCCCUGUCUGUCAGGUUGCCACCCUAGAUUAUGAUAAGUACUCUGUUGCCCCUGAUGAGUACAAGUGUACUGCGUGUCCCCAAGGCUACGAAGGGGCUCAUUGUGAACGUUGCUCUAAUGGCUACUACGGGAAUCCACUGACUAUUGGUGAUUAUUGUAAACCCUGCCGAUGUAAUGGUAAUGCUGAUCAAUCAUCCUCUAGGAUUUGUGAUCAUAUCACAGGUGAAUGUUUAUCCUGCCUGGGUAAUACUGGAGGUUGGUCAUGUGAUGUAUGUGUGCCCGGAUACUAUGGAAACCCAGGAGAUGGAUUUUGUAAACCCUGUGCUUGUAAUAUAUAUGGUGCAAGUAGUUCUGUCUGUGAUCCUAGAUCAGGAGAAUGUCCCUGCAAGGAUAAGUAUGUUGGAAGAACAUGUGGACAAUGCAAUGAUGGAUUUGGAAACAUAAGAGCUGGAUGUAGAAGGUGUGAAUGUAACAAUAUAGGAGCUACUGGGGACGGUUGUGAUGCCGAUACAGGAAAAUGUUUCUGUAAACCAGGGGUGACUGGGUUUACUUGUGAUAAAUGUUUGCCACUGUUUUAUGGAUUUAGCUCUUCUGGUUGCAGAUCUCCUAACUGUGACAUGAAGACUGGAAAAUGUGAGUGCAGAAGCAAGGAAAAGAUAUUUCUUAAAGAAUAUUAUUUUAGAUAA